AAUUUUUGUACAAGGCCCUAACGCCUCUCCUGCUAUUCUUUACGCAUUCCCGCCCCUCGCCUCCACUAUCUUUCUCUUUCUCCCACCUGCACAGCGCGCCUUUAUUCCCACUCCCUGGUUGCGAUGACGACCGCCGUCGCUGCAAACGCAGAAAUAUCGCGUGUUUUCACGACGUCGACCAGACCGUCUUCUAUUAAACCCAGAGCCAUCCCACCUACUAUAGGUGGUUGCUCAUUUAACCGCUUAUCCUGGAGAUUUCCGCUUCUAUCUGCCCCCACCACAAGCAAGAGCCGUGUAUUUUCUAUGUCCAAGGAAAAUGACGGUAGAAGCGCUGAUGAACCUGGAGGGCUCACUUAUAAGGACGCGGGUGUGGAUAUAGAUGCUGGCUCUGAACUUGUCAGGCGAAUUGCAAGGAUGGCACCUGGAAUCGGAGGAUUUGGGGGUCUUUUCCCUCUUGGUGAUUCAUACCUUGUUGCCGGCACAGAUGGAGUAGGAACUAAACUUAAACUUGCAUUUGAAACUGGAAUCCAUGAAACUAUUGGAAUUGAUCUGGUUGCAAUGAGUGUAAAUGAUAUUGUUACUUCUGGUGCAAAACCAUUAUUUUUCCUUGAUUAUUUUGCCACAAGCCGCCUUGAUGUUGACCUUGCUGAGAAGGUCAUAAAAGGCAUUGUUGAUGGAUGCCAACAAUCUGACUGCACUCUUUUAGGGGGAGAGACUGCAGAAAUGCCAGAUUUCUAUGCAGAUGGUGAAUAUGAUCUUAGUGGUUUUGCAGUUGGCAUUGUUAAGAAGGACUCUGUAAUUGAUGGGAAAAACAUUGAGGCUGGAGAUGUUCUCAUUGGUUUGCCAUCUAGUGGAGUCCAUUCUAAUGGAUUUUCUCUUGUAAGAAGGGUUCUGGCUAGAAGUGGUCUUUCUUUGAUGGACAAACUUCCUGGUGAAGACAUUACAUUAGGGGAAGCUUUGAUGGCCCCAACUGUUAUAUAUGUCAAGCAGGUCCUAGACUUCAUUAGCAAGGGAGGUGUAAAAGGCAUAGCCCACAUCACUGGUGGUGGUUUUACAGACAAUAUGCCUCGAGUUUUUCCAGAAGGCCUUGGAGCUGUUAUUUACAAUAACUCCUGGGAUGUCCCAACUGUGUUCAAAUGGAUCCAAGAGGCUGGAAGAAUAGAAGAUGCCGAGAUGAGACGGACUUUUAACAUGGGCAUCGGCAUGGUUCUAAUUGUGACUAGAGAAGCAUCUCGCCGAUUACUUGAGGAUGGACGUUAUAAAGCAUAUCGCAUUGGUGAAGUUGUAAGGGGUGAAGGAGUGAGCUAUAACUAAAACAUGCAAAUCAUGGCAAGCGUUUUCCCUUAGAUGAGAAAUCAGCAAAUUUUAGCUUUUUUUGUCAAUGUAACUUGUAAUGUUGUAUGGAUAUGUUUCCCUUUAGAGCCUGUAACAUUGCCUCAAAAAAAGUGAACUGGAGACGUAAGUUGCAGCCAUUUACCGGCAUGGCUUUUUUUUUAUUACUGGAUAUCGUGGAAAAUACAACAGUCGAUUUUCAAUGUUGUAAAAGUUCAAAUAAUUUUUGGUUUCAA